GCGCCGCGCCCGGCCCGCACCGCUCCGCUCAGCAGCGGCCCCGUUCCGGCUCCGCGGCCCCGGCGCGGCGGUGCUGCCGCGCUCCCCCGCCGCGGCUCCGGGCGCCUCCCGCCUCCCAGCAUGAAUGUGAGGAAGGUGGAGAGCAUCUCGGCACAGCUGGAGGAGGCCAGCUCUACAGGCGGUUUCCUCUACGCUCAGAACAGUGCCAAACGCAGUAUUAAAGAGCGACUUAUGAAGCUCUUGCCCUGCUCGGCUGCCAAAACGACAUCUCCUGUUACUCAAAAUACUGUAGAAGAUGAAAUGGAAAUGGCCACAGUACGGCAUAGACCUGAAGCUCUUGAACUGCUGGAAGCACAGAGUAAAUUCACAAAGAAGGAACUUCAGAUCUUAUAUAGAGGUUUCAAGAAUGAAUGUCCCAGUGGUGUUGUCAAUGAAGAGACCUUCAAAGAGAUUUACUCUCAGUUCUUUCCACAGGGAGAUUCCACAACUUAUGCACAUUUUCUGUUUAAUGCAUUUGACACUGAUCACAAUGGAUCUGUAAGUUUUGAGGAUUUUGUUAUGGGUCUCUCAAUUUUACUCCGAGGGACAGUGCAGGAGAAACUGAACUGGGCUUUUAAUUUGUAUGAUAUAAAUAAGGACGGAUACAUAACUAAAGAGGAAAUGCUUGAUAUCAUGAAAGCAAUAUAUGAUAUGAUGGGGAAAUGCACUUAUCCUGUUCUCAAGGAGGACACACCUAGACAACAUGUGGAAACAUUUUUCCAGAAAAUGGACAAAAACAAAGAUGGAGUAGUUACCAUAGAUGAAUUCAUUGAGAGCUGCCAGAAGGAUGAGAAUAUAAUGCGGUCCAUGCAGCUCUUUGAAAAUGUGAUUUAAUGAAGGCAUUAGGUCAACAACUAAUGGACAAAUAUAAGCAAUUCUGCAACAUAAUCUAAAAGAUGGAUUUCCCACUCUACCAUAAAUAAAUUACUCAGCUUUAUACUGAGAAAUGCAAUAUGCAAAGAAGUCUUUUUUUUUUGUUAUUAAAGUUUUCUCCCUAAAUCUUUCAAAAUUAUACAUUUUAGUACUUCAGCAGUGGCUACUUAGCAAGAUCAUUCUGAGAAGUCAGUGUUUUAUUUCAAACCCCUCAAAACAGAACCUGACAUGCAUUUUAUUAUCAUUCCAAACCCUAGAUAAAAUAGAUUUAAUCUCACAAGGAAAUAAAAUAGUCUUAGUUUUGCUACACAUUUGUACUGGAUUCAGCUCUGGGUGUUUGAGCGUACUUAUUAAGGCUCAGCUUCUAAUUUAUACAGAGGCAUUACCAUGUAUUUUCUUUUCAUGUUUGUACGGUGUAGUCCUCAUAUUUUUAAUUAAUACUUUGAGUUAAAGUGCUAUCACUGAUGUCCAAUGCAUAGCUUGCAGCAAUUGCCUUUCACAUUUGACUUGCUUUGGUCCUCUUCAGAAACACCUCCCAAACCUAGUAAAAUAGGUAACUUGAGAGGAAGAAGUGUUAAACAACAAACACAUUUAAAUUACGAUUGUUUCAGUAGUUCUGUUCCCUAACAAAUACUGGUAAGCUGCUAUCAAAUAUGUUUAUCUAGUAAAUCUGCAUUUAAUUUAUCAUGACAAAAAUGUCAACAUGUUCUACAUGCUGUACUUCUAAUUCUUCUUGGACAUGUAAACAAAGUUCUUUGCUGAAAAUUAUGAAUCUUCUGAAUUUGAAUUUUUUUUUAAUGAAGGAAACUUAACUGGUUCCUACCACUGUUCCCGUGAGUAUGUGUCUUGUUGCCUUUAAUAAAGUAAAAAAAAAAGAAGUUACUUUAAAAUUUUCAUUCCUCUUCAGUGCACAGAAUGAAGAUCACUAGGCAGUAACACCUACUAAUGACUACUAGACAAGCUAACAUCUGUGUCAGCAUUUUUGUAGUAUCUAUCUUAAGAUUCAGGAAAAAAAAUGAAGCUUCAACUAUACAAUAUUAUCUAUAUGUGAUAAGUGCAUUAAUUUUUUUAGGAUCAUUUCUUCAUUAUGAUUGGAGAAACCUUAAUUAUCAAAACCUAGAUAAAAAUGUAUGUACCUAAAAUAUACUAAUGCCCCUUCCAAUACAUGUAAUUUUUAAGAUACAUUGUCCAGAGAUUUAUGCCAAUACUUUCCAAUAGGUGAAAUGCUAUCAGAGAUAGGCCAAACUUCAUCGUGACAUUGCUGCAGAAAACAUGAAAUGGGAUUAAUGAUGUAGAAAGAAUGUUGUAAACAUUCUUCUGCAAAAAAAAAAAAAAAUCAGGUAUCUAUUCUGGUGUAGAGAUGGAAUGUUAGAGGCAUGUUGAAGGCUGCUCUGCUAUCACCAGUGUAGAAUAAGAGUAGUACAAUACAUGUACACCUGAAAUUUGCUGUAGAGUGUUUGUGUAAACUAAGUGUGCAAAUUUUGUAAAAAAAAAAAUAAGAAAUAAAGUAAACAAAGAAAAAUAAG